AGAGAGAGAGAGGAGGGUGCCACUGAAUCAAGUCGCUUCGACUCCCGCGCCGCUUGGACUGAUCAGACUUGAUUGAUCGUCGGGGUGCGUCCCGGAGGAUCCCCCCCCUUCGACGAGCUCAGUGGACCGGUGGGGGCCGGGGUGUGGGAAAAGACCACUGUUUGUGUGUGUGUGCGUGUGCGUGUGCGUGUGUGUGUGUGUGUGUGUGGUCGCAGAUGACACGCAAGAAGUAAGUGUGUGGGCGGAUGAGGGAAGUUCGGCGAACGCAUUGAUGGUCGCACACCUACUGUACUGCCACUUAACGCAGCAGGGAAAAAGAAAAACUCCUGGAUCUCCAGCCAUCAAUUUUUAGUGAUCGGUGGGGGGGGUGAUUCAUGGAUGGGAAAAUGACAAUCAAGUUUGCGAUCAUCUUCUUCAUACUUCUUCUUGAUCAAGGUGCAAGUUGUGAUCUACUGGAAUAUGGCGCCGACGAUGAAGAUCACCACCAUGCCACUGUCAAUCAAAUGCUGGUCCCCAGGUCGCACCAGGAGGACGCCACGCUCAUCCUGAACAACUUACUCAAGGAGUACGACAAGAACCUACGACCGGAUAUAGGGGUGAAACCAACAAUCGUCGAUGUGGGUAUAUACGUCAACAGCAUUGGGCCUGUGUCAUCCAUGGAUAUGGAGUACCAGAUCGAUAUUAUCUUCGCCCAGACCUGGGUGGACACCCGUCUGCGGUACAACAGCAGCACCAUGAAGACCCUUACCCUCAACAGCAAUAUGGUCGGGUUGAUCUGGCUGCCUGACACCAUUUUUAGAAACUCCAAGAAUGCCGACUCUCAUUGGAUAACGACGCCCAAUCAGCUGCUGAGGAUCAAGACCAAUGGGAAAAUACUUUACACACUCAGAAUGACCAUCAACGCAGAAUGCCAGCUGCAGCUCCAUAAUUUCCCAAUGGAUGAACACUCCUGUCCACUCGUCUUCUCCAGCUACGGCUACCCACGAGAUGAAAUUGUUUACAAGUGGGACCGAAACUCGGUGCAGACUUCCGACCAGAAAUACUGGAGGCUUUACCAGUUCGAUUUUAUGGGGCUCCGAAACACUACAGAUGUGCUCAGGACAACAGCAGGUGACUAUGUGGUGAUGACAGUUUACUUCGAUCUCAGCAGACGGAUGGGCUAUUUCACCAUCCAGACCUACAUCCCCUGUAUCCUGACUGUCGUCCUCUCCUGGGUCUCCUUCUGGAUCAAGAGUGAUGCCACGCCUGCAAGAACAGCUCUAGGUAUCACCACAGUGCUGACCAUGACCACCUUGAGCACGGUGGCCAGGAACUCGCUGCCUAGAGUGUCCUACGUCACCGCCAUGGACCUGUUUGUCACCGUCUGCUUCCUGUUCGUCUUUGCCGCCAUGAUUGAAUACGCCAUGCUCAACUAUUACUCCUACAGUAUACCUAAACCGCCGGCCAAGAUGCAGAAAAUGGCCUACUCAUCUUUCAAAAUUGGCCACGCCCCUCGGCCCAUGAUGCCCAUGGGCCACUCCCUGCUGUGGCACGACUACGAAGACAACUGCAUGAAUGAGUGCCUGGACGGAAAAGACUGCGCCAGCUUCUUCUGCUGCUACGAGGAGUGUAAAGAAGGCGGCUGGAGGAGAGGGCGGAUCCAUGUCAAUAUAGGCGAGCUGGAUACCUACUCGCGGGUUUUCUUCCCCACCUCUUUCUUGCUCUUCAAUAUAGUAUACUGGGUCAGUUACCUUUACCUCUAGUCUGUCUCGGGAAGCGCCCAGCUGAGCAGCCAGUCUACCAACACUUUGGACUUUGGUUUCAUGGUUUAACGUCAAAUCUACGGAAACGAUGAUGACCUGUUCGAUAUGAUGGGAAUCUUAAGAGAUGUGCUGCACCACCAGUGGUAAAAAAAGGACUGUGGCACACAUAACGCUGUGGAGGAAGUGCGUUUCCAGGAGAAAAAUGUUUGGCAGUAAAUGCAAACCAUGAAUAGAUUUCUCUUCCACUUUAUGAAUCUCAAAAAAACAAACUGUUUGUACUGACUUCAGAGAUGUUGUAGGAAAAAGGUGUGCAUUGCUUGAUCUUGAUUGUUGUGACGGGGAAGCACCCCAAAGUGCCUUCUUUAGAAAGGGUGCACCACCGAGAGAAGCAGCAAGGAGUUCCCCCUUUUUGUCACCGUUACCUCAUCGACCACAUUUAGAGUAGAGCCGAUAAAAUCAGCUGAUAUUAGCAUAUCCAGACUAUCGGCAUUGGCUACUUUUUAAUCGCAUUAAUUAUUAUUACUAGUAAUCAUUAUUACUAGAUUUAUCCACAAGUCUAAAAGCAUUGCAUUUGAGUUUCAUUGUAUUACACUAGCCGUUCUCUUUCACCAGCAGAGGGCGCUAUAUGGACUACAACAAGCAUAUUCAACCUCCAUAGUGUGAAUCGAUGAUGCAUGAACAUGCGUUACUUUCCAGCUGAGUGCCCAUCUUAAAUAAAAAAAAUUCUCUACAGUUUGAAGAUGGAUCUCAAAAAAGAUAUCAACCACUAUAUCGAUAUCAGAUUUUUCUACUCUCCCUAUUAUCGGUAUCGGACCCAAAAAUCCCAUAUCGGUCGGGCCCUAAUUUAGAGCCAUUUAUUAAUGUAACCAACCCAGAACACCACCACUGUAGAUGUUUAAAACUAAUACCAUUCAUUUGUAGCACUAGUUAUACUUUCAAUUAAGAAACUUUUAAUUAUUAUUUGUAUUAUUAUUAUUAUAUAAAUUGUAUUUACACAGAAAGUCAAUAAGCCCACACAAACAAGAUUAAUUUAAAUAUAAGUGUCAGGGGCUUAUUUAGUCUGAGUGUUAAAUCUGAGCUUUUGUACUUGAUACUUCAUGAGUAAGAGAUGCUGUUUCAGUAGAUGCCAAGAACAUUCAUGUGUUUUUCACAAGUUAAAUUCUAAAAAAACAAAAACAUACCAAGCCAAUAAACAUUAUAAUAAUAAUAAUGGGCGAAAUACACAAAUGACCAGAUGAAGGUCGCAGAAAGUGUCGUUGUUUUUCCUUCUGAUAAGUGGAACAUUUUGGGAAUACAAUUUCAAAAAAAUAAGAAGAAAUUAAUAAGUAGCUAUCAGGGCUGAGCACAACGACUGGCUACAGCUAGCCUAAGUCGGACCUGGGUGUUGUGUGCGGUGGACCAGUAACUUUCACUGGUUUUGUGACCAAUGGCAGUGUCAGUAACCUGUGGUUUGCAUAACCUAUAAAAACUAUUUUGUAAAAAAACAAGUCUGUUAUAUUACAGUGGGGUUAGAGAGAGUGGACCACAGUUUAAAUUCACUUUUAUAAUGUUGACUGGUACUUUUCUAUUAAAGGCAGGGUUGGUAAUUUUCAAAAAAACUAGCAUGAUUUUGAAAGUAGCAUUCCCUCAGUGCUA